AUGAGAUCCAUUUGUCUACUUCUCGGAGUGGCUUCGGUCUUGCCUACAGUCCUAUCAUGGGGAGCAGCAGGCCAUGAGAUGGUAGCUACCAUCGCUCAAAUCCACUUACACCCAUCUACCCGUCAGAAACUCUGCGACAUCUUACCUGCCGAGGCGAACUGUCAUCUGGCUCCUAUAGCAGCUUGGGCUGAUCAGGUUAGGAAUAGGUAUAGGAAUACUGCGCCAAUGCAUUAUAUCAAUGGUAUCGAUGACUUCCCACCUGAACGAUGUACUUUCGGCGAGCAUGGUUGGGCCAAUGAAGAUGUCAAUGUAGUCACUGCGAUCCAAAAUUUCACCAGAACCAUCAUGGAUGGUAAAGCCGGAAGAGACAGUGAUAUACCGUUGAGGUUCUUGGUUCAUUUUUUAGGGGAUAUGCAUCAACCUUUGCAUCUGACAGGGAGAGAUAAAGGUGGGAAUGGAGCUCAAUUCAGAUUUGAAGGACGACAACGAAAUCUUCAUUCAGUUUGGGAUGGUGGGAUCAUCACCAAGAAUAUAAGAGAGCUGUCCAAUUAUACCAGUCCUCUGCCAAGCAAACAAAUCGAGUCCAACCUCCUCGGAGCGAUAUUCGACCCCUACGUCCGGUGGAUAGUCUGGGAAGGUAUCCGAGAAUGGUGGCGUCCCAACUUGGAAUCAUGGUUGGAAUGUCCCCUCGAAGGAGAUCCAUUCCCCCAUUCAUCCCAUACCGACAUCCCACCUUCCACUCCUGCACUGAUCAAAGAGUACUUUAGGACAGCUUCGUCGAUCGUCCUUUCCCUCCUUCCAGGAUCUCUCUCUGCUCUGACAGAAGUGAGAUACCCUAUACCUACGAGGGAAACAGAGGGAUUCGAAGAUCAAGCUAUAGCCUUACAUCCAAUUAACCUCAAACUCAAGGGUGUGAACCAGACCACCUUCCCCGCAUGUCCUUAUACUUGGUCUAAAGAUAUUCAUUCGCUGAAUUGUGAGAUUGCCUGGCCUAAGGAAUAUAAGAAUAACGACCAUCCACUCAUAGAGCUAGAUACGGAUAAAUACCUUGGUGAAAUUGGCAGACAGAAAGUGGUAGAGAGGCUGUUGGCGAUGGCUGGGUUGAGGUUGGCGAAGAUUUUGAAUGAAGCGCUGGCGGAAGAAGGUCAGUUGGUGGGAAAUGGACUGUAUUUUGAUUAUUGA